GAGCACUUAAAGGAGCACACCGGCAUACCGGAAGUUGUUCAUGAGCGCUAAUUCUCCUGCAAGCAUUAGCCCGACAAGCUAACUGUUGUAAUCUUUUUAUUUUUGCAAAAUGUCUGUCAAACUCGGCGCUUUGCACAGCGACUCCUACGUGGACAUCAGCCAGUACAGAGACCAGCACUUUAAGGGUAACCGCUAUGACCAGGAGAAGCUGCUGACGCAGAGCAACACUCUGUACGUAGGGAACCUGUCCUUCUACACCACAGAAGAGCAGGUGUACGAGCUUUUCGCUAAAAGUGGAGACGUCAAGCGCAUCGUAAUUGGCCUCGAUAAGGUCAAGAAGACUGCCUGUGGUUUCUGCUUUGUAGAGUAUUACACGCGGCUCGACGCAGAGAACGCCAUGCGCUUCAUCAACGGGACGCGGCUGGACGACCGCAUCAUCCGCACAGACUGGGACGCCGGCUUCAGGGAGGGCCGGCAGUACGGCCGCGGCAAGUCGGGAGGCCAGGUGAGAGACGAGUAUCGGCAGGAUUACGACCCAGCCAGGGGCGGCUACGGUAAGAUAGCUCAGACGAGGGCUCCGGAGGCCCGAAGCAGCUUCUAGAGACGGCCUGGCGGGGCUGCAACUGACGCAACCACUGCCUCAGAAUGGAGCUUCUCCUCGGAACCGCUUCCUGCAGUUAACCUGGACUAUGGCUGAAUCAAUCCCUGAAGAAACACUUUUGUGUGGAACAAUACGACCACUGGACAACUUCUGGGACUAUUUUCAAGAUUAGUAUUAUUUUUAUAUUUUAUUUUUUGUCCUUGAGUUUUUAAUUUGUAUUCCGCCGACCGCUUUGCUUUCCGUUUUUGUUUUAAUAGCAUGCCCUGUGUUUUCAAAAUGCCAGACAUUUCCCCAAAGGCUGAAAAGCCACAAGACCUUUUGUAGAGGAAUAGUUCCAUCUCAAAUACCAUUUGAAACCAUGUUUCUUACAAAAUGAUCUUGACAUUUAAACUACUGUGUCUGUUGGUGUCAUCAACUUAUUUUUAAAGAACAUUUAUGUGGUUUUCUGCAUUGUGCACAAUGUGAUAGGCUGCACUGUAGCCUGUCACAAUGGAACAUACAAGUAUACUGCCAAAAUGUUACAUGUUAAUUGCGGCAUCAAUUAGUAAAAACAAGUUGACUCAAAUCUA